CCUUAUUGACAUGUAUCUAUUUAUGUUAUAAUUUUUAUUAUAUGAUAUAUAAACAAUAUAAUAUAAAAUACAAUACAUAGUAUCAUAUAUUUAUUUGAUGAUGUGAGUUUUGUUAUGGUAUGUGGUAUGGUAGUUUUGUUUUCAGCUUCAGGUCUCUUGGAUAGUAAGGUUGUUCAUCUUUUUAAUAAUGUUUUUAAUUUUAUUAUGAUGGAAAGAAAAAUCAAAUUAAAAACUUUAAACAAUCACAUUACAUGUAAGAUUUGCAGAGGCUAUUUAAUUGAUGCUACUACUGUAACUGAAUGUUUGCAUACAUUUUGUAAAAGUUGUUUGGUUAAGCACUUGGAGGAAAACAACACUUGCCCAACAUGCAAGAUAAUUAUACAUCAAUCACAUCCCUUGCAAUACAUCAGCUUUGAUCGAACAAUGCAAGAUAUUGUCUAUAAGCUAGUGCCUGAUUUGCAAAAAAAUGAAUUAGAAAGUGAAAGAGAAUUCUACAGAUUGAGAAGGUUACCCAAUCCAAAAGACAUACCCCUCACUAAUGGUGAUAAUAAUGGAGAUCAUGAACCAGAUCCUCAUGCAGAAUCGGAUUAUCACAGACAGGAUGAACAAGUGAACGUGUGCCUUGAAUGUAUUAGUUCAAGUCUAAAAACUUUAAAAAGGAGGUUUAUAAGAUGUUCUGCUCAAGCUACUAUUCUCCAUUUGAAGAAAUUUGUUGCAAUGAAAGUGCUAAAUGGCAUGGACAAGUAUAGAGACAUUGAUAUAUUGUGCAAUGAUGAGUUGCUUGGUAAAGAUCAUACUUUAAAAUUUGUUUAUGUUACUCGCUGGAGAUUUCAAAAUCCACCUUUGACUCUACAGUAUAGACCUAGGAUAGAUAUUUAAAUGACGAUUUUUUAAAAUUUUUUAACGAACAUUUUAAAAUUAUUUGAAAUAAAAUGGGAUCAAAGACUUGUGAAAGUGAUAUUUUGUAAGAUGUGUAUGAUCAACACAAGACUUUUACUGACUAUACUAUUUUAAAGUUAAUUAGAUUACAUUUUUUAGUGCAAUGAUUGCUCUACAUUAAAUAUAUCAUAUAUUGUGUACAAAUUGAAUUAA